AACGCACUCACGUUACCACACACACACACACACACUGUGUGUGUGUAUGUUUUGACAAUUCAAUUCAUCGUGUCAUCUCUUUUUCGCAACUUAAAAGCUUUUGCACUAGUUGUUUGAAUAUGUCAAAGAAAUUUUUAACUUUUUUUAUUCGAACAUUAUUUGGUGAAUCCAAUCAAAACACAAUCAAUGUCAUUCCGUAAAUUGUCUGGGUGAAUUUUUUCGAAGCGAAAUAGCGAGACGACGACGACGAUGUGUUGUCAAUGGUUUCCAUUCCCGGUAGUUUAUGCGAUAUUUUUUAUUUGCUAGCAAAUUUUAACGACAAUGACCACGGACGAUAGAAAUUUUCGAUCGGCAUACUAUGAAAAAGUUGGCUGUCGAAGUGUUGAAGAGCGAAAAUCAUUGGAAAUUUUGUUAAAAGAGAAACCACUUAACCGACCGAAACUCAAGCAAUUCUGUUUGAGUUUCACCGUACCAGCUGUCUACCGAAAUGUGCUAUGGAACAUCUUGUUGGACGUUGCUCCCGUUCAUCCCGAUUGUCAUGCAUUUGUGAUGACACAACGACGGGAAGUGUUCGAAGAUCUUCACAAUGCCCUCAGAGUAAUGCACAUCAUUAGCGAACAAACGCCCAUACCAAAUGUGCUGUACACCAUGUGGCUGCUAGAAAAUAAACAACUUCGGCUGGGUGUAAACAUCAACAAUCGCUGCAAUUUCGUUAUCAUGUCCGAGGCUUUACAACAAACGUUUCAGAAUGAAGUCGAUCUCUAUUGGAUAACCAAAGGUUUUUAUAAAUGUGCAUUAGAAAUAUCCCGUGAUUUUGGUCAACUCAAAGAAUUAUCGUACAAAUUAUUAGAAAAAGAAAAUCACACAAUUUAUAAACAUUUGGAUGAAAAUAAUCUACUAGAUGCACUGCCCUUAGAACAAUGGUAUGGUACAUGCUUUGCUGGCGUCUUGACAAAUCAGUCACUCAUUCGUAUUUGGGAUAAGAUUUGUGGUGGAUCACGGAAAAUCGUUGUUUUUGUAUUUGUUACGCUGUUCAGUUGGAUAUGGCGUACAGCGAGGUUGUCCAGCGCAACCCAGGUGCCGGAAAUUAUAACAAUCAUUGACAAUCUGAAAGAUAACCAGGAAAGUGCUGAUCACAUCGUAAAUAAUUCCAUCGAAUUGUGGCAAAAGAAGACACCGAGUUUCGAAUUUUAAAGAGCAAUUAAUACAUUUACAAAUAAAUAAAACAAAACAUAUUUUGUACUUUCUAAGUGUAAUUUUGUACCUAAAUGUUUUUUCGUAAAAAAAAUUAUUUAUCAAGAAAUAAGAGAAGAAGAAAGAAGAAAUAAACUUUUAAAUGUUACAAAUGUUCGAGAAAAAAGUUCUGUUCUUCAUUUGGAUGGUUAUUACAGGUGCAAUUAUUUCUGUGCGGACAGCUCUAAUUUGGCC